UUCAGUGUCCGUCGUCUCCACCGCUGCUUCUUCUUCCUUCUUCGCCACCGUCGCCACCGCCCGCAGCACCGCAGCCCCUCCCGCCAUGGCCGCCGCCGGAGCCCGGCGGAGCCCGGGCCCCGGCUUGGGGCUUCGGGGACGGCCGAGUCUCGGCUUCAACCCGGGGCCGCCGCCGCCACCGCCGCCGCCGCUGCUAUUGCUGUUUCUGCUUCUACUGCCGCCGCCGCUGCUUCUGGCCGGCGCCACCGCCGCCGCCUCGCGGGAGCCCGACAGUCCAUGCCGGCUUAAGACCGUCACGGUGUCCACGCUGCCCGCCCUGCGGGAAAGCGACAUCGGCUGGAGCGGUGCCCGUGCCGGGGCCGCGGCCGGGACGGGAGCCGGAGCCGGAGCAGGAGCCGCCGCUUCCGCGGCCGCCGCGUCCCCGGGCUCCGCGGGUUCAACUGGCACAGCUGCGGAGUCUCGUCUCCUGCUCUUUGUGCGUAAUGAGCUCCCCGGACGCAUCGCGGUGCAAGAUGACCUGGACAACACAGAGCUGCCCUUCUUCACCCUGGAGAUGUCUGGCACAGCAGCGGACAUUUCUCUGGUGCACUGGAGGCAGCAGUGGCUGGAGAAUGGCACACUGUACUUCCAUGUCUCCAUGAGCACUUCGGGGCAGCUGGCCCAGGCCACAGCUCCCACACUCCAGGAGCCCUCAGAGAUCGUCGAGGAACAGAUGCAUAUCCUCCACAUUUCUGUGAUGGGUGGACUCAUUGCACUGCUGCUCCUGUUGCUGGUGUUCACAGUGGCACUAUAUGCCCAGCGGCGCUGGCAGAAGCGCCGGCGCAUCCCCCAGAAGAGCGCAAGCACGGAAGCCACUCAUGAGAUUCACUAUAUCCCGUCAGUGCUGCUGGGCCCUCAGGCCAGGGAGAGCUUCCGUUCCUCCAGGCUUCAGGCACACAACUCGGUCAUUGGUGUACCCAUCCGGGAGACCCCCAUCCUGGAUGACUACGACUAUGAAGAGGAGGAGGACCCACCCAGGCGGACCAACCAUGUCUCACGUGAGGAUGAAUUCGGCAGCCAGAUGACCCAUGCCCUGGACAGCUUGGGCCGGGCAGGGGAAGAGAAAGUUGACUUUGAGAAGAAAGCAGCAGCUGAGGCGACACAGGAGACAGUGGAGUCCCUGAUGCAGAAGUUCAAGGAGAGUUUCCGUGCUAACACACCAGUGGAGAUCGGUCAGCUGCAGUCAGCCUCGCGCAGUGCCUCUACAGGGAAGAGGAAGCGGAGGAACAAGUCUCGAGGGGGACUCAGCUUUGGGAGAAGCAAGGGGACAUCGGGCUCAGAAGCAGAUGAUGAAACACAGCUGACUUUCUACACAGAGCAGUACCGCAGCCGCCGCCGCAGCAAAGGUUUAUUGAAAAGCCCAGUGAACAAGACAGCCUUGACACUGAUUGCUGUGAGUUCCUGCAUCUUGGCAAUGGUGUGUGGCAACCAGAUGUCCUGUCCACUUACUGUGAAGGUGACUUUGCAUGUGCCUGAGCACUUCAUUGCAGAUGGGAGCAGCUUUGUGGUGAGUGAAGGAAGCUACCUGGAUAUCUCUGACUGGCUCAAUCCUGCCAAGCUGUCCCUGUACUACCAGAUCAAUGCCACCUCCCCAUGGGUGAGAGAUCUCUGUGGACAGAGGACAACAGAUGCCUGUGAACAGCUCUGUGACCCAGAAACUGGGGAUUGCAGUUGUCAUGAAGGUUACGCCCCUGACCCAGUUCACAGACAUCUGUGUAUUCGCAGUGACUGGGGGCAAAGCGAAGGACCUUGGCCUUACACGACACUGGAGAGGGGCUAUGAUCUGGUCACAGGAGAACAAGCCCCUGAAAAGAUUCUCAGGUCUACUUUCAGCUUGGGCCAAGGCCUCUGGCUUCCUGUGAGCAAAAGCUUUGUGGUUCCACCGGUGGAGCUGUCCAUCAACCCCCUGGCCUCCUGUAAGACGGAUGUGCUCGUCACAGAAGAUCCUGCAGAUGUCAGGGAAGAAGCGAUGCUGUCCACCUACUUUGAAACCAUCAAUGACCUGCUGUCCUCCUUUGGUCCAGUUCGUGACUGCUCAAGGAACAACGGGGGAUGCACCCGCAACUUCAAGUGUGUGUCUGAUCGCCAGGUGGACUCCUCAGGAUGUGUGUGUCCUGAAGAACUGAAACCCAUGAAGGAUGGCUCAGGAUGCUAUGAUCACUCCAAGGGCAUUGAUUGCUCCGAUGGCUUUAACGGAGGGUGUGAGCAACUUUGCCUGCAGCAGACACUGCCUUUGCCCUACGAUGCCACCUCCAGUACCAUCUUUAUGUUCUGUGGUUGUGUGGAAGAAUACAAGCUGGCUCCAGAUGGGAAGUCCUGUCUAAUGCUCUCAGAUGUCUGCGAGGGACCCAAGUGCCUCAAACCUGACUCCAAAUUCAAUGACACCCUCUUUGGAGAGAUGCUACAUGGUUACAACAACAGGACCCAGCAUGUAAAUCAAGGCCAAGUCUUCCAGAUGACCUUCAGGGAGAACAACUUCAUCAAGGACUUUCCCCAGCUGGCAGAUGGACUAUUGGUGAUCCCACUGCCUGUGGAAGAGCAAUGCCGGGGGGUCCUCUCUGAGCCCCUCCCAGACCUUCAACUGCUCACAGGAGACAUCAGGUAUGACGAAGCCAUGGGUUACCCCAUGGUGCAGCAGUGGCGUGUCCGGAGCAACCUGUACCGUGUGAAGCUGAGCACCAUCACGCUGUCAGCAGGCUUCACCAAUGUCCUAAAGAUUCUGACCAAAGAGAGCAGUCGGGAUGAGCUGCUGUCCUUCAUCCAGCACUACGGCUCCCACUACAUCGCAGAGGCCUUGUACGGUUCUGAGCUCACUUGCAUCAUCCACUUCCCCAGCAAGAAGGUCCAGCAGCAGCUGUGGCUCCAGUAUCAGAAAGAGACCACGGAGUUGGGCAGCAAGAAGGAACUGAAAUCCAUGCCCUUCAUUACCUACCUCUCCGGUCUACUGACAGCCCAGAUGCUAUCAGAUGACCAGCUCAUCUCAGGUGUGGAGAUUCGAUGUGAGGAGAAGGGCCGAUGUCCGUCUACCUGUCACCUUUGCCGCCGGCCAGGCAAAGAGCAGCUGAGCCCUACACCAGUGCUUCUGGAGAUUAACCGUGUGGUACCACUUUACACCCUCAUCCAAGACAAUGGCACAAAGGAGGCCUUCAAGAGUGCACUGAUGAGUUCCUACUGGUGUUCUGGGAAAGGAGAUGUGGUUGACGACUGGUGCAGGUGCGACCUUAGUGCCUUCGAUGCCAGUGGGCUUCCCAACUGCAGCCCGCUUCCACAGCCAGUGUUACGACUUUCUCCUACAGUGGAGCCUUCCAGCACUGUAGUUUCCCUAGAAUGGAUCGAUGUUCAGCCAGCAAUCGGGACCAAAGUCUCUGACUACAUUCUGCAGCACAAGAAAGUGGAUGAAUACACAGACACUGACCUGUACACAGGAGAAUUCCUGAGUUUUGCUGAUGACUUACUCUCUGGCCUGGGCACCUCUUGUGUAGCAGCUGGUCGAAGCCAUGGAGAGAUCCCUGAAGUCAGUAUCUACUCAGUGAUUUUCAAGUGCCUGGAGCCAGAUGGUCUUUAUAAGUUCACUCUGUAUGCUGUAGAUACUAGAGGGAGGCACUCGGAGCUCAGCACAGUGACUCUAAGGACAGCUUGUCCACUGGUGGAUGACAACAAGGCGGAAGAGAUCGCAGACAAGAUCUACAAUCUAUACAAUGGUUACACCAGUGGCAAAGAACAGCAGACAGCUUACAACACACUGAUGGAGGUCUCUGCCUCCAUGCUCUUCCGGGUCCAGCACCACUACAACUCUCACUAUGAGAAGUUUGGUGACUUUGUCUGGAGGAGCGAGGAUGAGCUAGGACCCAGGAAGGCUCAUCUGAUCCUGCGGCGCUUGGAGAGGGUCAGCAGCCAUUGUUCUAGUCUCUUACGAAGCGCCUACAUCCAGAGCCGUGUGGACACCAUACCCUAUCUCUUCUGCCGCAGUGAGGAGGUCCGGCCUGCAGGAAUGGUGUGGUAUAGCAUCCUCAAAGACACCAAAAUCACAUGUGAGGAGAAGAUGGUGUCCAUGGCCCGAAACACGUAUGGGGAGACCAAAGGCCGGUGAGGGAGGGUACUACCCUCCUUGAGCACAGACACGCUCUUAGAGGGAGCACUACUUUCAUGGAUCCUGGGACCUGGGUGGGCUGGGGGACAGCUGAGGGGCCUGGCCUAUGACACUUGCCAGCAAGGCCAAAGCAAACUGUUUCUCCGUGGACAGACAGCCAAGAACUUUGUAACCAAUGGAAUUAUUCAUUUUUCUCUUUUAUUUUUUCUAAGAUAUUAUUUCACUCUAUCAAAUGUUUCUCCUUUAUAAACCUUUUCUUAUGUAUGGAAGUCAUUGUGGACGCAAGAGCUUUCAGGUGGAGACCAAGAGGCCUUUCCUCUCCUUCUUCCCUCUGGCCAUGGACCCCUGGAAGGAGACCUGGGGAAAGACAAUUUGACUACUUCCGCAUGAGCAAGGAUGCUCUGGAGACUGUGGCAGCAAGGAAGCUUGGGUCUUUAGGGUCUUCUCCCUCUCUCUCUUCUCUCCUCAUCUUUCUUCCUCCUCUUUCCCCUCUCCCUCUUAACUCUCCUCCUCUUCCUCCUCCUCCUCUUCCUUAUUCCUCUCUCUCUCUCUCUCUCUCUCUCUCUCUCUCUCUCUCUCUCUCUCUCUCUGGACAUUAUUGAGUUUGAAGGCCCAUUGCUUCUUUCUGCUCCCUGUGGGUCUCUACAGGACUUUCUGUGCAUUAAAAUUCCUAUUGUCUCUCUUUUUGCUUGGGUGAUGUUUCUUACCAAUGAAGCAUGCUUGAGGGACCUCUGUCUAUUUCUUAAACAAACAUUGAGGGACUGUAUGGAAGGCACAGGAUAAAGCAAGAAGACAGGGAAGUUUUCUGUCCUGUAAGAACUUACAGUCUAGUGGUUACUAUAGAGAAGCAGUCUAGUAUAGUGUCGGCCUGGACUGGAGAUGAAUGAACGCUUUGUCAGACAUGUCUGGAUCAUAAGACAUGCAGAAGGACUUUGAAAGUGCUUGCUGGAAAUGCAAUAGUUAAUCCCAAAGAAUAAGGGUGAAGGUAGCAGGCGAAAGUGAGAAAAAUGUUAUAUUGUCCAGGGAGAGGCAAAGUCAUGAACAAAAGCAGGGAGAAGAUAAAUUCUAGCUUAUUAAAGGCCAAACAAGCUUUUAUUGCGUAUAAAAAAAUACUGAAUUGAGCAUGAGCACAAGCAGCACACUAUUUGCUGGAUCACAAACAACUUAUCAGUGGCCAAACUAUUGAAGAAAAUAAUAGCCUGUCUUCCAGUGCCUACAACUCCCAUAAUCUCUCAGUGAGGGGUGAGACCUCAUGAGCCCCAUAUUCUCACGAGCUACAAAGGCAACAGAUGUACCCUUUGUGCAGCUCUUGUGCAUGUAUCCCCAACUACAGUGAAUUCAUGGGUCCAAUGCUUGUGUCAUAUACGGAAGAAGGGUAUUGUAGAAGGUAUAGGAGAGGGUAAUGGAGGCUGUAACUGAGAAUGUGUGUGUAAGAAUCUGUAAGUGACAAAGACGAAACUUCCUAGUGUGCUGGGGGCAGUGAUCUGAACCUGCAUUAAGUCUAACUCCACUACUGUUCACCAGCUAUAAUAUUUAGGCAAGUAAUCUAUACCUUCAAUUCAGUUUCUUUGUCAGUGAAAUGGGUCAAUAGAGGUCCUGCCUGGUGGGAUUGCUAGACAAGCUUAGUAAAUAAGAGCUAGGAUGUGCCUCAUCCCACUUAGAGUAGUGUAGAGAAGAGUUUCUUUUAAUACUGAUGGAGAUAAUAUCAUAUUAUAAUAUCAUCUUAGGGAUAAUAUAAAUUUUAGGAAGAUUAUUGUGAAAAUUGGCCACUGAACUAUAACAGCCUCCUGAACUCUAUAGAUAACCAUAGAGGGGGAGGGCUGGAAAGAUGUCUUAGUCAGCAAUACUUGCGCAUUAGAAAGACCUAAAAAGGUAAAAAGGGUGGCAACAGGGGAAGACACUAAUAUCAACUUAUGACCUCUGCAUUCACACAGGAAAGACACACACACACACAGAGUCACAGACAUACAUACAGACAGACACACACACAUACACACACAGAGGAAUAAUACACGUGAACACACACACACAUACACACACACACACCUACCUUCUCACAAAGAGAAUUAAUGACUAACUGUAUGAUAAUAUAAAUACUAUGACAGAUUUAACUCAAAGAGAAGUGGUCAUAAUGUCAGAAUUUAGUAGAUUAUCAUUAUGUCCCUCUAAAACCAUGUCGUUUCUUUGAAGCUCUCACAGAUAAUAGUAGUCCCCUGGAAUACUUUCUGUCAGGCUGAUCUGACUCAGUUUCCCUUCCACACUCUCACUGACUUCAGCUUCCUUUCCCUGUACUGUGGUAUCUGUUGCUUUUCCCAGCCAUCAUAUGACUGUCAAGAGUAGGAAGCCAGAAGCUUGGUAAGACAAGGUGUGUGUGUGUGAGUGUGUGUGUGUGUUUGUGUGUGUGCGUGCAUGUGUGUGUGGUCUGACAUGGCAGCAAAAGAGGUUAGACCAAUAUUUGUUAGGAUGCUUCAUUAGAGAAUAGGAAAAGUCCUGAAGUGCAAGUGCAGCUGUUGGCAUGCAGCCUUGGCGUCAGUACAGCCGGACUGAUUCGUGUGCUGCCACAGAAAAUACCAGGGAUUUGACAUUUCACUGAGGGGCAAGAAUGGGAUUUCCCAUGCAAUCUCUCCAGCAUCAAAUAAAGAAGGUGUGAACACACAGAAGUGUGCUAGAGGUGCAUGGGAAAUCACCCCUCACCGGUCCCUUCUUCAUUAUGAUCGAGAACUAUCUUCUCAGGACUGAAGAGAUGGCUAAGAAUGGGUAAGAGUAUUUACUUUGAAGUUUUGAGGAUCUGACAUCAAAUUCCCAGAAGUGACAUAAAAGACUGAUUUGGCAUGUAUUCCUGUAGUCACAUCAUUGGGGACAGGGACAGACAUGACCUAGAAGUUCCAAAGAGCAGCUUCAAAUUCACUGAAAGACCUUGUCUUAAGGCAAUAAGGCUGAGAGAGACAGAAGAUAGAAUAUGACAGCUGAUGUAUGUGUUGUACCACACAAACACAAUACACACACACACACACACACACACCACACAAAAUUACUUUAGGCAGACUUCAAAAGAGUACAUUACACAGACAAACGCUCAUGACAACCAUUUAGGAAAUCAUCUUCCCAUGUAUCCCCAUGCUCCUCUCACUGAACCAUGCUUUAUAAAACAUUCAUACCCUGUUGGGAUUCUGUUUGUUAGUUUGUAGGAAACUGAGGUUCAGGCAGACCUGUUCUAAUGCUACACCUUCUAAGUGAUGAUGCCGGAUGACUGGCGUCUAAACUCUGUCAGCUAAAGGAAUUGCAUUUGGUGAGCACUGUGCUUGCUACAGCUGAAGGCAAACGGAUGCAACAACUCUUUGUUGCGUACAUAAUUAUCUCUUUCCUGAGUCUAAAGCUAAGUCUACUUUCCAGCUGGGACCUGAAGAUUAUUUUCCAGGUGUGGGACACUGAGACAAAGAAGACUCAAUUUUGCCCUUGAGGAUCUCCAAGAAUUUAACUAACUAAACAUAGUGUGAUAAAAUCAGACACUCUGAAAUCAAGCCAAUCUGAUUCUAAAUAUUAGCUAGGCAAUCUAUCAAGGGAGAGGGGCUGAACUCAGAGAUAUCUGGAAGGCAAAUUGGGCAGGUCUUGCCAACUAAGAUCCUCAAGUUAGCCUUGCAGACAGCAUGUAAACUACUGUAAGUCUUAGUUUCUUUGCCUGCUGAGGAGUUAAAUCCUCCAUUUCUCAUGAAUGCAGAGAAUGCUAAAUUAAAAAUUGGAGAUAAUGUUAGCAAAUUUUACACGUAAACAGUUAUGACAGUGACUUAUUUAUAUGUGAAGGAACAGGCGUUGUGGUCUCUGCCAUCAAAACAGUCUUGAUGUGCAUGAAUAUACAGGAGUUCGUCAAGCAGAAUGGUAAAGAAAGCAGAAAGACCAGCAUUUCAUUGCAAGUAUGUUAUGCUUGAGUAACAAAUAGCCUGAGCAACAAGAGAGAUGGUUUUGAGAGGUGGGCAGAAGCAACUGAGCUAGCCAUUGGAAGCAGGAGCGUGGAUGCAUAGAUCAUUUCUGAAGACCCAUCUACAUUCAUGGUAGAAAAGUAGGGAGAGGGCACACUGCUGGUGGCACAAGGAGACUAGGGAUUAUUUAGAAGGCAGAUGGGAAAACCUGAGCUAAGACCAUGGCUAGGCAAUACUGGAUUUGAGGCAUGGUAAGUAAGCUGACUCAAGAAAGACUUACUAGCUAGAAGUUCUGUGGUUUGGGUUUUCUGUUGGCCACUGUUGUGUAGUCAGAAUGAGUAGAAAGCAGCUGUGGAAUGAAGGAGCUAUAGAACCCCAUGGGUUCAGUGAGCAGUGCAUGUGUGCACAUGAUUUGUAUCAUGCAAAUGCUCCACACAAUAGUGGUUCUCAGCCUCCCUAAUGUUGCGACCCUUUAAUACAGUUUCCUAUGUUGUGGUGAUCCAACGAAAACUAUUUUUGUGGCUACUUUGUAACUGUAAUUUUGCUUCUGUCAUGAAUCAUAAUGUAAAUAUCUGUUUUCUGGUAGUCUUUUGACUCUCAGAUUGAAAACCACUACUAGGGUCAAGACUAUGACUUCUGUGGAAAUCAUGCACGGGCCUUUGUUUAACUGUGAACUGGUACAAUGGUGUAUGACAUUGAGCAGUCACUUGCCUUGUAUAAACUCAAGUCUCCAUACUAUCCCACCAAAGUGGGAGAAGUGUAUGUGUCUUAGGAAUGAGGGAUUAUAUGAUGUGUAGUGUACAAAGAAACAUUCCACUUUUCUUUCCCUUUCAUAUUCACCAUGUCCCUUUGAGGUUGUCUCUGAUCACCCUAGAAGUGAUUGAAGUCUCAGUAAGGUCAUAGAAUAUCAGAAAGAACCUGGAUCCCCUGACUUUCAACUUUUUUCUAAUUUAUUUUUUAAUCGUUACAAAUCUGCUCAUUGUUAAUGACCUAAUUAACUAGGCAAAUGGGAACUCACCUGUGCCUUUGUUUUUCUUCUGCCAACUGGGAAAAGUAGCCAUGGCUUGAGAAGAUUCAAUAAAUCAAUACAUGUUAAAUACUUAGAACAGCACCUGGCAUACCAGAGUUUUGUAAGUGUGAAUCACUGUGGUCACUCUUAUACCCAAUUCUUUGGUCUCCAGCCACAUAAAAAUGUCAAA